ACACCGCGGAAAAAUCUAGUAACUCAUCGUCAUAAAACAGAGAAAAGCGCAAGGAGGAAUACAGAUUUAAAAUGGAAUAGAAUGAUUACAAUGCGACUGCCAACUACCUUGAAUGUGUGUAUAUAGUUAAAAAACAUGCAAAGUGUGCGCUGUUGCUCGUGUGACCAUUGGACUCUGCGUGAACUGAUAAACACCUGUUCCAUUUUGGGGUUGUUAGUGGGGGAAGAUAUGCGUGUGCGUGUGUGUGUGUGUUUGUAAGUGGGUGGAGAGAGCAGGUGAUAUAAAUCCACAUCUGUGGCGAGCGUUCACACUUCUCCUCCAAGCCGUCAGGGCCGAUGCUUUGAUCGGCCUUCCCGUUAUCUGCACGCUUCCUGCUCGCCGCUUUUGGACUCGAGGGUGGGCGGGGUGGGAGGGAUUCGAUCAUGGAUCCGACUGUGGAAGUGGUGGCGUCGAUUCUGGGCUUCCUCGGCUGGGUGAUGGUCGGGGUGGCGCUGCCCAACCGCUACUGGAAGACGUCCACGGUGGACGGCAACGUCAUCACCACGUCCACCAUCUACGAGAACCUCUGGAUGUCCUGCGCCACCGACUCCACCGGCAUCCACAACUGUCGGGAAUUCCCGUCCCUGCUCGCUUUGAACGGUUACAUCCAGGCGUCCCGCGCCCUCAUGAUCACGUCAGUGGUGAUGGGCACCUUCGGCCUGAUGGCGGCGCUGGUGGGCGUGCAGUGCUCCAAGGCGGGCGGCGACAACUACGUGCUCAAGGGUCGGAUCGCGGGCUGCGCCGGCGUGCUUUUCAUCCUGCAAGGUUUGUGCACAAUGGUGGCAGUGUCCUGGUACGCCUUCAACAUCACCCAGGAUUUCUUCGACCCGUUCUACCCCGGUACAAGGUUCGAAAUCGGCGAGGGGCUCUACAUCGGGUGGUGCUCGGCCGUGCUCGCCAUCGCCGGCGGGGCCUGUCUCAUGUGCUCCUGCAGGACGGGCUCGCAGGAGAAGUACCAUUUGCCUCAUCAAAGCAGGGGUACGGUUUAUUCUGGACCGGCCCGGACCAGAAGCGUGGCUGCCAGCACUUAUGGCCGAAAUGCAUACGUUUGAAUGGAAUCUUUCUUUUUAUACUCAUCAAAUGAUUACAUUUUCUAGUGGAAUAGACUCAUUGUUUUGUUAUAUUUUGUACUCAAUGUUCCGCAAUGUUAUUUAUGUACAGUAUUCAGAUGUGUAAAUCUAUUCAUUUGAUUCUCGAGUCAUGUGUUUUUUUUAUAUUUCUUUUUACAAUUUCGCACAAUAAACAUACUGUGCAUGUUGAA